AUGUCCGUUGCUGAUGAUGAUUUAGGAUCUUUACAAGGUCACAUUAGGAGAACACUGAGGUCUAUUCAUAACCUCCCCUAUUUUAGGUAUACGAGAGGUCCUACUGAAAGGGCUGACAUGAGCAGAGCCCUUAAAGAGUUCAUUUACAGAUAUCUAUACUUUGUCAUUUCUAACAGCGGAGAGAACUUACCUACUUUAUUCAAUGCUCAUCCAAAACAAAAAUUAUCUAACCCAGAGCUUACUGUUUUUCCUGACAGUUUAGAAGAUGCUGUGGAUAUUGAUAAGAUAACAUCUCAACAAACUAUUCCGUUUUAUAAGAUAGAUGAAUCCAGAAUAGGAGACGUCCAUAAACAUACCGGAAGAAAUUGUGGGAGGAAAUUCAAAAUAGGGGAACCCUUGUAUAGGUGUCAUGAGUGUGGUUGCGAUGAUACUUGUGUGCUUUGUAUUCAUUGUUUUAAUCCAAAAGAUCAUGUGAAUCAUCAUGUUUGUACCGAUAUAUGUACUGAAUUCACUAGUGGAAUUUGUGACUGUGGAGAUGAAGAAGCUUGGAAUUCUCCACUUCAUUGCAAAGCUGAAGAACAAGAAAACGAUAUAUCGGAAGAUCCCGCCACAAAUGCCGACAUAAAGGAAGAAGAUGUAUGGAAUGAUUCAGUGAAUAUAGCAUUAGUGGAGUUGGUUCUUGCAGAAGUGUUUGACUAUUUUAUCGAUGUUUUUAACCAGAAUAUCGAACCUCUACCCACAAUACAGAAAGAUAUCACUAUCAAAUUAAGAGAGAUGACACAACAGGGAAAAAUGUAUGAAAGAGCGCAGUUUUUAAACGAUUUAAAAUAUGAAAACGAUUAUAUGUUUGACGGAACAACAACAGCAAAGACGAGCCCCUCUAAUAGCCCUGAGGCAUCUCCAUCGCUUGCGAAAAUCGAUCCCGAAAAUUACACGGUAAUAAUAUAUAACGAUGAAUAUCAUAACUAUUCGCAGGCUACGACUGCCUUGAGACAGGGGGUUCCAGAUAACGUACACAUUGAUCUAUUAACAUCCAGGAUUGACGGAGAAGGUCGAGCAAUGUUGAAAUGUUCACAAGAUUUAUCAUCUGUCUUAGGUGGUUUUUUUGCUGUUCAAACGAAUGGAUUAAGUGCCACUUUAACAUCGUGGUCAGAAUAUCUUCAUCAAGAAACAUGCAAGUAUAUCAUCCUUUGGAUUACACACUGUUUAAACAUACCAAACUCCUCCUUCCAAACCACUUUUAGGAACAUGAUGGGUAAAACCCUGUGUUCAGAAUACUUAAAUGCAACAGAAUGUCGUGAUAUGACACCGGUGGUGGAGAAAUAUUUCAGCAACAAGUUCGAUAAGAAUGAUCCCUACAGAUACAUCGAUUUAUCUAUCCUUGCAGAUGGCAAUCAAAUUCCUUUGGGUCAUCACAAAAUUCUACCCGAAUCAAGCACCCAUUCACUUUCACCAUUGAUAAAUGAUGUAGAAACUCCAACAUCAAGAACAUAUUCUAAUACAAGAUUACAACAUAUUCUUUAUUUUGAUAACAGAUAUUGGAAAAGACUGAGAAAAGAUAUUCAGAAUGUGAUCAUUCCAACGUUGGCCUCUUCAAAUUUAUACAAGCCCAUUUUCUGUCAACAGGUAGUCGAAAUAUUCAACCACAUCACAAGAUCUGUGGCAUAUAUGGAUAGAGAACCUCAGCUAACAGCUAUAAGAGAGUGUGUCGUACAGUUAUUUACAUGCCCUACGAAUGCCAAAAAUAUUUUCGAAAACCAAAGUUUUUUGGAUAUUGUGUGGUCAAUUAUAGACAUUUUUAAGGAGUUUUGUAAGGUGGAAGGUGGUGUAUUGAUCUGGCAGAGAGUUCAAAAAAGCAAUUUAACAAAGAGUUACAGUAUAUCAUUCAAGCAAGGGUUGUAUACAGUUGAAACUUUAUUGAGUAAGGUACAUGAUCCUAAUAUUCCAUUGAGACCUAAGGAAAUAAUAUCUCUAUUAACUCUUUGCAAGCUCUUCAAUGGAGCGUGGAAGAUAAAGCGUAAAGAAGGUGAACAUGUUCUUCACGAAGAUCAAAAUUUCAUCUCCUAUUUAGAAUAUACCACCUCCAUUUACAGUAUUAUUCAAACAGCGGAAAAAGUUAGCGAAAAAUCAAAAGAUUCCAUUGAUUCAAAGCUUUUUUUAAAUGCAAUAAGAAUUAUCAGUUCAUUUCUAGGCAAUAGAUCACUAACAUACAAGUUAAUAUAUGAUUCUCAUGAAGUCAUUAAGUUUAGCGUAAGCCACGAAAGAGUUGCAUUUAUGAAUCCUUUACAAACAAUGCUUUCAUUCCUUAUCGAAAAAGUGUCUUUAAAGGAUGCAUACGAAGCGUUAGAAGACUGUUCAGAUUUUCUGAAAAUAUCGGAUUUCUCUUUGAGAUCAGUUGUAUUGUGCUCUCAAAUUGACGUCGGGUUUUGGGUAAGAAAUGGUAUGUCUGUGUUACAUCAAGCAUCGUAUUAUAAAAACAAUCCCGAAUUAGGUUCCUAUUCCAGAGAUAUACAUUUGAAUCAGUUAGCUAUCCUUUGGGAACGUGAUGACAUUCCGAGAAUAAUAUACAAUAUUCUUGAUAGAUGGGAAUUACUAGACUGGUUUACAGGUGAAGUUGACUAUCAACACACUGUCUAUGAGGAUAAAAUUUCAUUCAUCAUUCAACAAUUCAUUGCCUUUAUUUAUCAAAUAUUGACCGAAAGACAAUAUUUUAAAACUUUCUCUUCUCUAAAGGAUAGAAGAAUGGAUCAAAUCAAAAAUUCAAUCAUUUAUAACCUUUACAUGAAACCCCUUUCGUAUUCAAAGCUACUAAGAUCAGUUCCUGACUACCUAACUGAAGAUACUACCGAGUUUGACGAAGCACUUGAAGAAGUCUCUGUUUUCGUUGAGCCUAAGGGCUUGGCCGACAAUGGUGUUUUUAAAUUAAAAGCAAGCUUGUAUGCAAAGGUUGAUCCGUUAAAGUUGCUGAAUUUGGAAAACGAAUUCGAAAGUAGUGCAACUAUUAUUAAAUCACAUUUGGCUAAGGAUAAGGAUGAAAUAGCAAAAGUUGUACUAAUACCCCAAGUCUCAAUAAAACAGUUAGAUAAAGACGCUCUCAAUCUGGGUGCUUUUACAAGGAAUACGGUAUUUGCCAAAGUGGUCUAUAAACUACUCCAGGUAUGUCUGGAUAUGGAGGAUAGCACUUUCCUGAAUGAGCUACUACAUUUAGUUCAUGGUAUAUUCAGGGAUGAUGAAUUGAUAAAUGGUAAGGACUCUAUACCAGAAGCUUAUUUGUCAAAGCCUAUAUGUAAUUUACUCUUGAGCAUAGCCAAUGCUAAAUCAGACGUAUUUUCCGAGAGUAUUGUCCGUAAAGCCGACUAUUUGUUAGAGAAGAUGAUAAUGAAAAAACCAAAUGAACUUUUUGAGUCAUUAAUUGCCAGUUUUGGCAACCAAUACGUUAAUGAUUAUAAGGAUAAGAAACUACGCCAAGGAGUUAACUUACAAGAGACAGAGAAGGAACGAAAAAGAAGAUUGGCCAAGAAACAUCAAGCAAGGCUUCUAGCCAAGUUUAACAAUCAACAAACGAAAUUCAUGAAAGAACAUGAGUCUGAAUUUGAUGAGCAGGAUAACGAUGUUGACAUGGUCGGUGAAAAAGUAUAUGAAUCGGAGGAUUUUACCUGCGCACUAUGUCAAGAUUCCAGUUCGACCGAUUUUUUUGUGAUACCUGCGUACCAUGAUCAUUCCCCGAUAUUUAGACCUGGUAAUAUUUUUAACCCAAAUGAAUUUAUGCCCAUGUGGGAUGGUUUCUACAACGAUGAUGAAAAACAAGCUUAUAUUGACGAUGAUGUUUUAGAGGCUUUGAAGGAAAACGGUAGUUGUGGAUCUAGGAAAGUAUUUGUAUCCUGUAAUCAUCACAUUCAUCAUAACUGCUUCAAGAGGUACGUUCAAAAAAAGAGAUUUUCAUCAAACGCGUUUAUAUGUCCUUUAUGCCAAACAUUUUCGAAUUGUACUUUACCUCUUUGUCAAACCUCAAAGGCAAAUACUGGUUUGUCGCUAGAUAUGUUUUUGGAAUCAGAACUUUCUUUGGAUACAUUGUCAAGGCUCUUCAAACCUUUUACUGAGGAAAAUUAUCGUACAAUAAACUCUAUAUUUUCGUUGAUGAUAUCUCAGUGUCAAGGUUUUGAUAAAGCGGUAAGAAAGCGGGCCAACUUUUCGCAUAAGGACGUUUCUUUAAUAUUAAGUGUGCACUGGGCAAAUACCAUUUCAAUGUUAGAAAUUGCUUCUAGGUUAGAAAAGCCAUACAGUAUUUCAUUUUUCAGAAGCAGGGAACAGAAAUACAAAACUUUAAAAAAUAUAUUAGUCUGCAUUAUGCUGUUCACCUUUGUCAUAGGCAAGCCAAGUAUGGAGUUUGAACCGUACCCGCAGCAGCCCGAUACUGUUUGGAACCAAAAUCAACUCUUCCAAUAUAUUGUUCGAAGCGCUUUAUUUUCUCCAGUUUCACUUCGUCAGACUGUUACAGAGGCGUUAACAACGUUCUCUAGACAGUUUCUAAGAGAUUUUCUUCAGGGUCUUUCUGAUGCAGAACAGGUUACCAAAUUGUAUGCUAAAGCGUCCAAAAUUGGGGAUGUUCUUAAAGUAAGUGAGCAGAUGCUCUUCGCCCUAAGGACCAUAUCUGAUGUACGAAUGGAGGGAUUGGACUCCGAAAGUAUUAUUUAUGAUCUAGCUUAUACCUUCCUGUUGAAGAGUCUUCUUCCUACGAUAAGAAGGUGCUUAGUCUUUAUCAAAGUGCUACACGAAUUAGUGAAAGAUUCUGAAAAUGAAACGCUGGUCAUCAACGGUCAUGAGGUUGAAGAAGAACUGGAAUUCGAAGAUACCGCCGAGUUUGUCAAUAAGGCAUUGAAAAUGAUUACUGAAAAAGAAUCCUUAGUCGAUCUUUUGACAACGCAGGAGUCCAUUGUAUCGCAUCCAUAUUUGGAGAACAUCCCAUAUGAAUAUUGUGGGAUUAUAAAACUGAUAGAUUUAUCAAAAUAUUUGAAUACUUACGUUACCCAAUCUAAGGAAAUCAAGCUACGUGAAGAGCGUUCUCAGCAUAUGAAGAAUGCGGAUAAUCGAUUAGAUUUCAAAAUAUGUUUGACAUGUGGUGUCAAAGUGCAUUUAAGAGCGGACCGCCAUGAAAUGACCAAGCAUUUGAAUAAAAAUUGUUUUAAACCAUUUGGCGCCUUCCUGAUGCCCAAUUCAAGUGAAGUUUGUCUCCAUUUGACACAGCCUCCUUCUAAUAUUUUUAUAUCUGCACCAUAUCUAAAUUCGCAUGGUGAAGUUGGUAGAAAUGCCAUGAGAAGAGGUGAUUUAACCACCUUGAAUUUGAAAAGAUAUGAGCACUUAAACAGAUUAUGGAUUAACAAUGAAAUUCCAGGUUAUAUUAGUAGAGUAAUGGGUGACGAAUUUCGAGUGACUAUACUUUCCAAUGGUUUCUUGUUUGCAUUUAAUAGAGAACCAAGGCCAAGAAGAAUACCUCCAACAGAUGAAGAUGAUGAAGAUAUGGAAGAGGGAGAAGACGGGUUUUUUACGGAGGGAAAUGACGAAAUGGAUGUUGAUGAUGAAACUGGACAGGCCGCCAACUUAUUUGGGGUUGGCGCAGAAGGUAUUGCUGGUGGCGGAGUACGUGAUUUUUUCCAAUUCUUCGAAAACUUUAGGAACACUCUACAACCGCAGGGAAAUGGCGAUGAUGAUGCACCUCAGAAUCCCCCACCAAUAUUGCAGUUCUUAGGACCUCAAUUUGAUGGAGCUACUAUCAUAAGAAAUACAAAUCCAAGAAACCUCGAUGAGGAUGACUCUGAUGAUAAUGAUGACUCUGAUGAGCGAGAGAUUUGGUAG